GAGUUUUCGGAAUUUGAGCUGAUUUUUUUCGCUUGCCUGUUGAACGUGACGUGAUUCGUUGCUCCCAUCAUCGUUUAAGUACUGAGGGUAUGGGUUUUAUUUCACUCGUUGUGGCGCGAAUUAUGAGCUAAUUGAGUGCACUUUAAGGCAAUAGUAAAUCACUGCAAAAUAGUUGAUUCUGAUGUUCAUUGUGCUGUAGCACGAUUUUGUGCCUAAACCCGUUUCAAGAAAAGAUACUGGGAAUUGUAUAUUGCAAAUGUGGACUAGUGAUAUAGCAGUGUAUUAGAUUAUAAUCUAUAUAUAAUUAAACAAAGAUAAGAAACUCUAUCAGAUCUGUUCAGAUUGAAAUCGUACAAAGAUGGAUCGGGCGCUGUUUACAACCAUCGCGUUAUAUCUGCUAGUGUCGUAUACAAUUGGUAGUUCAGUUCUAGUGGCCGAUUACCGAAUGACCAGAAUGGUGGAAUUGAGUAGCCGGGCGCCGUAUUGCAAAAUUCAUUCCGACCGAGGCGACAUUCAGCGUAUGUUGCUGGCCUUUGACGCGACGAAGGUGCGACAAGUGCCCCGCGAGUCGGUGAUUGCCCUCGAGGAGGUGUGCAACGAAGCAAGCGGAAUCUCGGGUGAACUGCAGGGUGGUCUCGGUUUCAUCUAUCCGGGGACGAAAUGGUGUGGCCCAGGAAGCAUAGCUGCCAAUUACACGGAUGUGGGCCGAUAUGCCGAUGAGGACCGAUGCUGCCGCGAGCAUGACAUGUGUCCGAACAUUCUCGUGCCGGGGGAGUGUCGGCGGGGCCUGUGCAAUCGGGGUGCCUUCACGCGAUCACACUGCGACUGUGAUGCAAGGUUCAGAAGAUGUUUACAAAAUCUUAACACCGAAAUCGCCAACACAUUGGGUGCUGUCUUUUUUAACGUGAUACAGGUGACUUGCUUUGGCGAACGGCGCCCGUGUUCGAUUUGGCAAAGUAAUGAAAUCCAACAGCCGGAUUCCUGUCCACUGCAGUUCUAUGGAUCUAACCAGUAUGUGUUGCCGGCGCUGCGUAAUCAAGAAUCCCAAAUCAAACGAUCAUUUGACAAAUAUUCGUAUAGAACUCUAAAUAAGCGACAAUUGAGACACGACUCGUUGAAUUUGAUUUCCAAAAACUUGGUUAAGGACAUGUUUAUUCGCCCGUUAAAUGGUUUUAUUAAGUAUUAUAUUGUCACCAAGUCAGUUAUAUACGGUUGAAAGAAAAUAAUUUCUUUUUAAAAUAUCGUUCAUAUAUAGUUGAAAGAAAAUGAUUUCUUUUCAAAUCAUUCAUUA